CCUUCGGUGUGGCGCUCUUCUUCUUCCCUGCUCUGAUGGAGCUUUGCUUCGCUCAAUCAUCUUGUCUCCGAGUCUCGGCUGUAAAUGCUCGUCGGGAAAAGAUUUACUGUCUUCAACCUACGUUUCCGAUUAAGCCGGCUGGAAAAUCUUGCAGUUUUCUCUUGAAAAUCUCCAAUGAACUGCACUUGAUUGGGCUUUACAGUCCCAGGAUUUGCUCAAAGCCUGUACCAAACGGACAUUACAGGAGCAAUUCCAUCUCGGCUUGCACAAGAGUUGGGGCAGCUGGAUCCGAUCCUGUAGCGAACAAAGUUGCAAAUUUCAAAGAUGCAUUCUGGAGAUUUCUUAGGCCACAUACAAUUCGUGGAACAACUUUGGGAUCUUUUGCCUUGGUGGCAAGGGCGUUGAUUGAGAAUUCCAAUCUAAUAAAGUGGUCUCUGCUUUUUAAGGCAUUCUCGGGUCUUUUCGCUCUAAUAUGUGGAAAUGGAUAUAUAGUUGGCAUCAACCAAAUCUAUGACAUCGGAAUUGACAAGGUCAAUAAACCAUAUUUACCAAUAGCUGCAGGAGAUCUUUCAGUUCAAUCAGCAUGGAUGCUGGUGAUAUUUUUUGCAAUGACUGGCCUUUCAAUUGUCGCAUUGAACUUUGGGCCAUUCAUUACUCGUCUUUACUUUCUUGGUCUUUUUCUCGGCACCAUCUAUUCCGUUCCUCCAUUUAGAAUGAAAAGAUUUCCUGUUGCAGCAUUUCUUAUAAUUGCUACGGUACGAGGAUUCCUUCUUAAUUUUGGUGUAUACUAUGCCACAAGAGCUGCCCUUGGACUUACUUUUGAGUGGAGUGCUCCUGUGGCUUUCAUCACAACCUUCGUUACACUGUUUGCACUAGUAAUUGCUGUCACAAAAGAUCUUCCGGAUAUAGAGGGGGACCGUAAAUUUCAAAUAUCAACAUUUGCAACAAAGCUUGGAGUUAGAAACAUUGCAUUGCUUGGCUCCAGUCUGUUACUGGUGAACUAUGUUGCUGCUAUAUUGGCAGCAAUUUACAUGCCUCAGGUUUUCAGGCGUAACUUAAUGAUUUCUGCACAUGUAAUCUUGGCUUCAUGCUUGAUUUUCCAGACGUGGGUGUUAGAACAGGCAAGUUACACCAAGGAAGCUAUAUCUGGGUUCUACCGCUUUAUAUGGAACCUCUUCUAUACUGAGUAUGCAAUGUUCCCUUUUAUCUAGCUUUUGAGUUGAUCUCGCCUGUUCUUGGGUUGCUAUUCUCACAGAGGCAGUGGAAGAGGGUUAUAACUGAUGUAAAUAUCUUCACUGUUUAUUUAAUCCAUGUUGUUAUAUAAUAUCUUAUUACAGCAUCAUCUUACCAAUUCUCUCCUCUGCUUGCUAGUGGAAAGAGAAUUAAAAAUUGUGUUAUCAAGUCACAAAAGUGAUGGUGGGUGAGGGAAGAAUUAUUCUAUAGUAUGGCAAGAUGGUAGAGGAGGCUGACACAUUUCAGGUGCUCUUAAAGAGAUUAGGGAACGCAACAUUUAUGCUAUUACGCCA